GGCAAACAAAGAAAAGCAGCGUAAUAGCGCAUUUGAACGUUAAAAUUGAGUUUUCUGAAGUGAAAGUUAAUUAGUUUAGUGUGUAUUUAGUGUUUUGUGCACGAUGUUGGAUUUAGAAAUUGUUCCUGAGCGAUCCCUGGGCUGCGAUGCCUGGGAAUUUGUAUUAGGAAUGCAUUUUUCACAGUCGGUUGCCAUCAUACAGAGUCAAGUCGGCACAAUAAGAGGAGUACAAGUCUUAUAUAGUGAUCAGAACCCGUUAUCAGUAGACCUAGUAAUAAAUAUGCCGCAGGACGGCAUCCGGUUAAUAUUUGACCCGGUCGCGCAACGCCUCAAGAUUAUAGAAAUUUACAAUAUGAAAUUAGUUAAGCUUAGGUAUAGUGGCAUGUGCUUCAACUCGCCGGAAAUAACGCCGUCAAUCGAACAAGUGGAGCACUGCUUCGGUGCGACGCAUCCCGGCCUCUACGACUCACAGCGUCAUCUGUUCGCGUUGAACUUUCGAGGCCUGUCCUUUUAUUUUCCGGUCGAUAGCAAAUUUGAGCCUGGCUACGCGCAUGGUUUGGGCUCACUACAGUUCCCUAACGGCGGUUCGCCCGUCGUGUCUAGAACCACAAUCUACUAUGGAUCACAACAUCAGAUGAGCAAUAGCAGCGGCAGUAGUGGUCGCUGUACCGCUCCGUUACCAGAACUACCGCUGUCCUGCUACCGGCAACAGUUACAUUUACGUCGCUGCGACGUGUUACGAUCACCCUCCUCUACCCUUGGCUUAAGGCUUCACAUGUACACGGAAGGGUCGUCGCGCGGCAGCUCUGUGUCGCUGGGCGCGCGGCGCGUGGUGCGGUUCGGCGACAGCUGCCAGGCGGUGGCGCGCGCGCUGUGUGCGCCGGCGCGCUUGUACUACAAGGCGGACGACAAGAUGCGCAUCCACCGCCCUACCGCCCGUCGCCGGCCGCCGCCCGCGUCUGACUACUUCUUCAACUACUUCACGCUCGGCCUGGACGUAUUGUUCGACGCGCGCACCCACCGUGUGAAGAAGUUCGUGCUGCACACCAACUACCCGGGCCACUACAACUUCAACAUGUACCACCGUUGCGAGUUCGAGCUCACCGUGCAGCCCGAUAAAUGUGAGUCAAACGCACUAGUAGAAAGCCGCGGCGCCGUCACCAUAACAGCGUACAGCAAAUGGGAGACGGUCUCACGGGCGUUACGUGUUUGCGAGCGGCCUGUAGUGCUUAAUCGUGCCUCCUCUACAAACACCACCAACCCAUUCGGCUCAACAUUCUGCUACGGCUACCAGGACAUGAUAUUUGAGGUGAUGUCGAACAACUACAUAGCGUCGAUAACUCUGUACCAGCCAGAAGGCACCCGACCACAAUAUGCGGUUAAUUCAAUCGCGUGACAAAGCCAGGUUUCGCCAAGCAAAGGGAAGUACACGUCUUGAACGCUGAAUUAAGUGAAUUGUCAGUCUCAAUACAAACAAAUCUCCACUAGUGUGGCAACACCUACUCGGCAACAAAAAAACUUGUCACACAUUAAAUUCAAUUCUGGCAAUGAGACUUUCUACAUAUCUUUCAAACACCUAAGAGGAAACAGUAUUGAAAAAAAAUGUGAUAAAACUAUUAAAAAAAAAAGUGGUAAAAAAUUACGUAAGUGAGUGACAGAUCUCAAGAUGAUGUGUAUAAAUAAGUUAUAUUUAAUUUCUUAGCGAUAGACGAAUUAAAAAAAAAGAUUUUUUUAUUUAAAAUAUCCUAAGUUAAGCUGAAAUGUUUUUUGAUUAUCAGAAGAGUGGGAAUGAUCUUAGUAAUGAUAAUUAGUCAAAUGUGUUCUCUUAAGUGUUACAGCUGUAAUCUAAAAAGAAAACUUUACACUGAUAUAAUAAUAAUCAUGGUAAAUAGAAAUAGAGACUGCGAUGUAAAUAUUUUUAAAAGUUCGGAGAAAAUUAUGGUAUCAUAAAUUGAUGUAUUUUUUCUAAAAUCAUUUUCGAAUUGAGAGAAGAGUUUGUGAUUAUUGUGAAUAAAUAAAAAAAAAAUGUGCAAAAAAUAUUUUCUCUUAUAGGAAGCACCACAAUAAUGUCAUGAAUGUUUUUUUUAUUUGUAUUGUUUAAGUGUAGUCUGUUUGAUAAAUUAAGGGCUUCAUAGACAAAAAUUUUAAUCACAUAAAUAAAAAUAAUUGCUGCUGUUGAUAUUACGGUACUAUGCAUAAAUGUAAAAGAUUUACAGCGAUAUACAAUAUUUAGUAUACAUUUAAAGCCUAAAACUACAUAUCAUUUAUCUAUGGGGCGUUUAAUUUGAUCAGUGUCGAACAGUGACGUUAUUAUUUAUUCAAACGUCGUCGUUGUAUACAAUUUGUUUUUUGCUAUUGUGAUUUUUCUUAUUUUUCGAUUUUACACCUUUUUAUCACAAAAUCGAAAAGUUAAAUCGAUCCUACGACCUUUUAGUUUCGAAAGAAAGGAAUGAUCUACUUAUUUAUUUUUAUAUUUCUAAUAAAAAUCACAGUGUGCGCUUGAUUUUGAAAUACGUAGAAUAGAUAAGGAUCAUAUAAGAAUAUAAAAGCUUUGAAGUGCUUGGAUUUUAAAGUAUUUUAAAAUAUGGGCGAGUGUGGACGAACGAAUGUAUUUGUGUGCUAUUUUGUGUAUUUUACUCGGUAGAUGUGAUCAUGACAGUAAUAUGUUAUGUGAUAAAUGAUAGAUAAUUGUCACAAAUAUUCAAACUCAGGUCGUCGACAUUUUUUUUAUUUUUUUUUUGUAAUGACUUGCAAUUCUAAAUAAAUAAAUAACAUUUUUUCCAUUGUAUAUAAAAAUUACGGUAUUUACAUUUGUGUUUUGUUUUAUUAUAAACUUUUUUAGUGUCCUAGUUUGUAUUCUUAUUCGAUAAUUUACAUAUUUACACUGACAUGUUUACAUUGUAAUGAAAAAUGUCGACCAUCUUAGCUUUUUUAUAUUUUUUUCUUAACUAUAAUGUGUGCAUUGUAGUGUUAUAUUCUAAAAUAUUCUAAUAAUGUUAUUAUAAAUAAUCAAGCGAGAUUGUUCUUAUUGUAUAUAUUUAUUGUACAUAUAAGUAUAUUAUGUAUAUCGGGACUAUUUGAAGCAACCAUAAAUCUAGUUCAAUUUUUAAACGUUUAUCAUUUAUAAUGCUAUAAUGCACAAUUAAAGUUAACCUAUCAUAUAUUAUAAUAAACAAAGUCAAAUAAUUUUAAUUUUUACUAUGUAAACUCAUGCUUAGCUAUAAUAGUGCCAAUAUUUUUAUGCAAAAUUGGACUCUGAGACUAUGUAACAUAAAGUCAAAAUUUCAAUAACAUAUGAGCUUAAAAAGUAGGCUACAUAACGAAGAGGGGAUGGUUGUGAUGUAUGUUAAACAAUUAUUCUGCUGUCAUGAUAAAAACACUUUCAAUUUUUGAGCUCUGCUGUUGCAUCUAGCAUACGUUAAAUAUUUUCGAGACAAGUACCGACAUCAUCCGAAUACGAAGAAAUUUAUAAAAUUAUAAAAUAACAACAGUUAAACUUAUAGUAUCAGGUAUUUUCAUUUAAUUUUAUACAAAAACAACAUUUUUAUAUGAGAGGAGGCAAACGAGCACGCGUGUCAACUGCCAUCGAUUUGAUGAUGAUAAAAAAUAGUUUGUCUGUUUUGACUCCGAAUUUGUAAAAAUCUAUAAUGGUACUUAAGCUGACCUUAAGUGAC